AUGUACUGCCAGCGACUUUCAAUUCCCGUAGCUCGUAUUUCGAUGUUACCAAUGUUGUUUCGCGCGAAUAACGCAGGAUUAGUUCGUAGUUUGCAAACGUCAGCGAUUCAGCGUGACAUUGAUAGUGCAGCGAAGUAUGUUGGAGCUGGUGCUGCAACAGUUGGUGUAGCCGGUUCCGGUGCAGGUAUCGGCAACGUUUUCGGUUCACUCGUUAUCGGUUACGCUCGAAACCCAUCCGCAAAAAAUCAGCUUUUUUCUUAUGCGAUCCUUGGUUUUGCUCUUUCCGAGGCAAUGGGCCUUUUUUGUCUUUGCAUGGGUUUCUGUAUUUUAUUUGCGUUUUGA